AAAAAAAAAAUAUCUAAACUCAAUUAUUUACUCUUUGAGGGAAAAAAAUGUCUGACACUGUUCCAAAAGCCCAAGAACCUUUCCCCUUCUUCCUCUACCCUUUUCCUCCGCCGCUACGAUUCUCCGGACACCGUAUCCGCCGCCGUGGGGAUUCCUCUGUUUGUUUUGAUGAGUUGGAGGUUGUAAUGGCGACACUCCAAGCCCCCCCGUCCGUCCACUGGCACUUCACGGAGCUCGACGAUCGGAUCUUCCAAAUCCGCGGCCGGACUAUCUUCUUCAUCGCCGUUCUAUUCGCCGUCAUCCUUCUCGUGACUUUUAUUUUCCUUUACGCUCGAUGGGUCUGCCGAUACCAUAGCCUCAUGACCUUCUCUACUGCCGUCCCUGGCGUCCGGUCGUCCAGGUCGCCGCCGCAACAGGGGCUCGACCAGGCGGCAAUUAACUGCCAGCCAAUAACUUUGUACAAGGAGGCGGCGGCGGUGGAGGAAGCAGCCGCCACCCCCGCCGCCACCGCGGCGGAGUGCUGUAUUUGCUUGGGUGUGUUUGAAGAUGGGGAGAAGGUUAAGAUUCUGGCGCUGUGCCAUCAUUGUUUCCACUCGGAGUGCGUGGACCAGUGGCUCCGGUUGCAGUCGAGCUGCCCGCUUUGUCGCAUCUCCCUCCGCGCCGCCGAUAACUCAAACAAUCUUCAAAUGGUGUGAGGUUACAUAAUCGAAUUCAAAGAUUUGAGUCCAUAGAUUACUGUAAAUUUAGUCAAAUCCUGCUUUAGUAAUAAUUAAUAACAAAGUGUAAAUUUUA